AUGGCCGCCUCAUCACAAAUCCUCCGGGCUGCGCUGACCGUGUCUGUGUUGCUCUUCAACCCGGCAGCAGCCCACAUCGCCUCCUUCGGCCCAGGGAUGUACUGCCGCAACGGGCCAGACCCGUCAUCCCCGAAUCUCAACUCCAACGCUCCCGUCAACCCAUUGUACAACCUGACCCGCUCCCAGUGGUGGUUUCAGCACGACCGCGGCUGUGAUGCAGUCCCGCCACCAGAUGGCGAGUUUCUGGAGCUUCCUGCGGGCGAGUCCUUCACUGUCGAGCUUGCCAACAAUCAAGCCUUCACGACCUUGAGCUACGAUGGCAAGAUGGUGAGCGAUUGGCCCGAUGGAGCACAGCAUCCGGAGGACUGGCAUGGAGAGGUCGGCAGUGGCCCGGGAGGGGAAGGGUGUCUUCCUGGUGACUCUGGCGGCUACAUGCAUGUUCAGAAUGAGACGAUGGCGCAAGGCACUGCAUGGGCGAUUGCUUACGAGAGCGACCUAAGCAAAAUCCAGAUGAAGGAUCUGGUAGUCUUCUCGGUGUUGAAGCACACGCCCUGGCACCGCCUCGCGACGUACGCCGUCCCCUCCUCCCUUCCCGCCACCUGUCCACCCGAAGGAUGCACUUGUGCCUGGCUCUGGGUUCCCCGUGGCUGCGGGCAACCCAAUAUGUACAUGCAGCCAUACAAAUGCCGCGUCUCCAACAACGGUCCGGCGAAGAAGCUCGCCAAAGCACAGCCACCCACUUACUGCGUAGACGACGCCAGUAAGUGCGUCAAGGGCGCGAAGCAAAUGAUUGUCUUCAACCAGCUGGAGGGUGACAACACGGGUUUUAAUGGUGGUUGGGGUUGGAGUCCGGGGUACAAUGAGCGGAAUGGGUACGAAUCUGGUGCGCAGGAGGACAUUUUCGAGGAUGCUGCACCGGAGCAACCGACGCCGACGACAAGCGUUACACUUUCGUCUUCAUCCGCGAUAACGACGGAGAGUCCAACUUCAGCUUCAGCGUCAGCAGCGCCGGCAGAAUCUUCGUCAAUAACGACUACAACACUCGCACAAUUGACGCAGAUCUUCGACACCAGCAGCAGCACCGCCACCACCAUCGCAGAGACCAGUGUUCAUUCUUACAGCACGACCGUGACAGGCAGGAUCGGAAAACCGACCAAGUUCGUGUGCUAUGCUCAGGAGGAUUGA